AUGUCUGAAGAAAUCAAAGAAACUCCAGCUGCCCCAGUUGCUGCUGAAACUGAACCAAAAGAAACAAAAGAAGAAGUUGAAGCUAAACCAGAAGAAUCUAAGGAAGAAUCUAAGGAAGAAUCAAAAGAUGAAUCAAAAGAUGAAUCUAAAGAAGAAACAAAAGAUGAAACUGAAUCAAAACGUAAACCAGAAGAACAAUCAACCAAAAAAGAUAAAAAAAGACGUCGUAGACAAUAUGAUGAUGCUCCAAAAGAUGAAGAAGAUGAUGAAGAAGAAUCUGAAGAAGAUGAUACAAAAUUAGAACUUCAAUUAGAAGAAGAUAAUGAUGAUGAAGAAGAUGAUUUAACUGAAAUUGAUCAAACUAAUAUCAUCACUGGUGGUAGAAGAACUAGAGGUAAAGUUAUUGAUUAUGCUAAAACUGCUAAAGAAUUAGAUGCUGAUGGUUCUAAAAAUGAUGACGAUGAAGAAGAAGAUGAUGGUGAUUUUAAAGAAGCUGAUACUACUAAAUAA